AUGGACAACCUUCCUGCAACUCUAGUGUUCCAAAUACUGAGUCGACUCGAUGACUCGGCGGACGUUGCGCGCUGCCGAGCAGCGUGGAAGACUUUUGAUACUGUCGCUCCAGACCUUCCAUGGAUCAAUCUCCAGUACCCAUUAAAAAGGUACAUCGAAUUAAGGUCUAGGGGUUCAGAUUCUUCUAGUUCUUCCUCAUUACCUUCCCCUCUCAAGACAAUAAUCCUCCAUCUUAUAUCCAACUCAAGAUCUCUCGAAUCGGUGCAUAUCGGCGCCGAGAAUCUGCCCCUAGACGUGUCUCACGCUGACGUUGAAGAUUAUGGCGAUGAUAUGUACCUCACAGAUGGGGCUUUCGUCAAGGAGUGGCUCCCUAGGGUUUCAGGAACAUUGAAAUCCCUUUCUAUAUCAGAUUUUUGGGUCCAUUCAGGUUGGCGUCGAUCAGAAGUUUUACCCCUCGUCUCCGCAUGCUGUCACAAUUUGCUGGAAUUAGAGCUGAAGCAUGCAUGGCUUUCUGUCAAGAAUAUGAAUCCAAUGCCAAUGCUAACAAGUUUGACACUGGAGUUCAUACGAUUAGAAGACAAGAACCUAACCGAGUUGAACAAAAGCUUCCCUAAUCUUCAAGUUCUUAACUUGAUAGAUGUUAGAGGACUUAAACUACCCACAAUCCACCUUCUCCACCUAAAAACCUUUCAGUGGACCAUAACCGAUGCACAAUCAUGUUUGAUUCUAAUCACACCCAACCUCACCACACUCAGCCUCGAGUGUAGAAAGGUUGUUGCACUCUAUAUUGAAGCUCCUUUGUUGAGUGAUUUACAUCUUGCCAUUGACCAUUUGGGCGCAGUCUCAGUUAAAACUUUUGAAAAUCUGAAAUCAUUAUCCCUCAAGUCUUCUUAUAUUUGUUCCUUAAUUCAAAAGUUUCCGCAUUUAAAAACUAUAGAAAAUCUAACGUUGAAUUCGGGAGAUUUGGCUGUAGGAGCAGUUGAUGAUUCUAAAUUUACCCUAAAGAAAAUGUUGACUUAUUUCCCUACCGUCACUUCUGUAUGUUUUAAGACAAGCGCUUGGUUGUCAUUUGAGGUGCUUUAUGAAUCAUUUGACCGGGUUUGUUUGGACGGGAGGUUAGGAUUGACAACCUUUCGUGGGUAUCUGUUGAGGGUUGACCCUGCAUUGACUUUCUCCUUGGUUGCUUGUGUGUUAGACCAAUGCAAAAACUUGGUAGAUGUUUCUUUUCUCAUCCAUCGUGAUCAUGCUGCUGCUCAUAUAUCGAGACAUUUUAUGGAUUGGUGCGUUGCUCGGUGGCCUAGGCUGAAGUGGAGAUGGGGGACGUGGGAGGAAGGAACCGAAGAUACAUGGAUAACCAAUGGUAUACCCGUUGCACAAAUCAAUUAA